UGCAACAGUUGUCAAGAAAGCAUCAGCUUUCAGAGGAAUCAGAAGGAAUUGCUCGAUCUUGAAAGGAGUUCUAAGCUAUAACAUCUGAUUUCAGGGCUUAUGUUUCUAGGAAAUAUGCCAGAACCUUAAGGGGAAAAAUUAAAGAGCAUAAGAAGACACACACACACACAUCACUUACCCUCUAUGCUACAGUGGUACAGCCCCAGCACCAGCCAAACACAGGGAGACGCGCAACUCUGCUUCUGCAACUCUCCUCACUGCCCUUUUCCUUGUGCUGUUCCCAUCCAUUCUAAGGAUCCCUGUGCAUCAGUUUUUUCUGAUCUUCGAUCUUUGGAGUGUAAUAUGAAGUUCCAGCUGUGGGUGUCUACAGGAAUCCUACUGGUGUCUCUCCUCCCCUGCCAUGAGUGCCGAGCUUUCAUUAAAUCCCCAGCAUCUUCUCCUGGAGCUCUCCUGCCUGCUCUGUCCAAUUCCCAGCCCUUUUUACUGCGAAUGGGAGAAGAGUAUUUCCUACGUCUAGGUAAUCUCCAUAAGCAUUCCCCAGGCUCGUUUCCUGAGGCAUCUGCUGGUAACUUUGUAAGAGCUGUACAGCAACUGCAGGCUCAGCAGUGGAGCAGCCAGCCAGGGAUGAGAGCGGCAGCUUUGGAUGGAGCAGACAGCCCUUACAGUGCUCAGGAAGAUCCCACAGAAAAAGCAAAGCGUGCAGAAGAGCCUCCCAUUUCCCUGGAUCUGACUUUUCACUUGCUCCGUGAAGUCUUAGAAAUGGCAAGAGCUGAGCAAAUAGCCCAGCAAGCCCACAGCAACAGGAAACUCAUGGACAUCAUUGGGAAAUAGCACAUGUCUCCCUGCCAAAGAGUUCUCUGCAUUUAGCACAAAAUGUGAUGUACCAUAAAGCUGCCCUGAAACCAUCUGUUUAUUUUUUUACAGCUUCAAAGUUGCAGAUUGUGCAUCUUAACCCCUUUGCUUCCAGAGGAGCCAGCAUCGACCCAGUGCAUGGUGUUUCUGGACCCUCUGGAAGCAAUAAAGGGUUCCCAGGCUAUAUUUGUUUUUUCAGCAUGCACAGGGUAUAUUCAACUGCAGUGAAAGGCAACACAUGUCGUUUGUCAAUAUAUCCUUUUUUUAUUUUACAGUCACUGGUUAUUCUUGUGGUAUAUUUCCUGAGAAACACCCAUUUGGGGAGGGUUGAAUUUUAAAAUCUUAAGGAAUCAGCUACAUUUCUUGAAACCUAAGGAGUUUUCCUCUGGGAGGGGAAAAAAUUGCUGUCAUUUAUUUUGCAUCAGAGUUUAUUGUAUACAUUUCAAUAAUAAAACAUCUUUUCAGUGCUGGCACAACUUGGGUGUGAAACAUACUGUUUAAUGUAUAUAUUUUUAAUAAAAAAUGCAAAGCUU